GGGAAUAGUUCCCAACCUGAUCCUCACUUGAGCUCAACUGUUAGGCUUCAGAGUGGAAAAGGCUCUGGAAAGUACUGGAACACUGUAUUUAAGUAGGAUCUCUGCUGUCCUCUCUUACUGAGCUGAGCCCCAGGGUCUUUUUUCACACAUUGAUCAUACCUGUCCUAUUCUUGUGAGGGCCUAUCAGUGAGAUUGGCUAAGAUUGUGAAUGCAGAAAAAUGCCCCUACCAGAGGCUCUCCCUGAAAGGGCAGGACUCCACCUCUCAUUGGCGUGGCUCUUAGUUGCCUGGCAACAGUUCUGUGUCUCUUGACGGAGGACACACUAUGGCAGGUGGAAGUUCAGGAGCCAAGAGGAUAGUGGUAUACCGAAAUGGGGAUCCCCACUCCCCAGGCCGCCAGCUGGUGGUGACCCAACGCCGUUUCCCCACCAUGGAGGCCUUCUUUUAUGAGGUGACAUCAGCCGUGCAGGCCCCACUAGCUGUGCGUGCCCUCUAUACACCUUUUCAUGGCCACCCUGUCACCGACCUGGCAGAACUGCAAAAUGGAGGGCAGUAUGUGGCUGCUGGCUUUGAAAGAUUUCGCAAACUCCACUAUUUACCCCCUGGAGGGAAGGAUCCAGGUGGGAAGAGCAGCAGACUACAAGAUCCUCUCAUGACUGGCCACCCGUGUGACUGGGCCCUUGGACAGUGGCUGCCUGCAGGCAUUCCCUUCUAUAUCCAUGUGUUUAGGAAUGGGGAUCUGCUAAGUCCUCCAUUCAAUCUGAAGGUGUCCCAGGCUGCCAUUCAGGACUGGGAAACUAUGUUGAAGCUCCUGACUGACAAGGCCAAGUUACAGAAUGGGGCUGUGCAUAAACUCUGCACCCUGGAGGGGUUCACACUGUCAUCGGUGGAGGCUCUGGUGAAUGGCCAUUACUAUGUGGCUGUUGGAAAGGAUGAAUUCAAGGCCCUUCCCUAUCUGGAGCUGCUGGUGCCCAGUCCCUCCCUGCCCAGGGGCUGCUGGUAUCCUCCAGGCCUGAAGUAUAGACCCCACAGGCAGAGGUCAUACAUGACAGCGGAAUGUAUUUUGACUUAUAAUACAUACAUGGACCAGGGCCUCAGGACACAGGUCACUCUUCCCUUUCCAAAGGAACCAGCACAAAUUGAACCAUCUGUUUUCUAUGCCAGACCCCAGCAGAACAUUCAGCCAAGAAGCAAGCUCCCCACUCUCUUGUUUCCAUCAGGCCCCUGGGCCUACAGUUGCUUAGGGCCUCUCUAAAUUGCUGAGGCUGGCCUUGAACUUGCAAUCUUCCUUCCUCAACCUCCUGAGUCGCUAGGAUUACAGGUGUGUGCCAGCCACUGUGCCCAGCCAGUACUGGGGAUUGAAACCCAUUCAAUGAGUCUUAAGCAUUCUAGGCAGACACUUUACGCAGCCACCCUUUGACAGUGACACAGGAUGGUACCUGCUAUUGUUGGGGAUAUCUGUUGGGGCAGAAUGCCCAGGUAUAGAGCUGGCUCUGACCUCAGCAUAAUUGUCUUCUACUCUCCCAUUUGCAUGUCCAGUCUCUUGCUUUUUCUUAGGGACUUAUCAUAUGAAAAGAAGCACAUGGAAAGGGCAAUGCUUAUCUCAAAAUGAUUCAGGGGUGGGCUUUACAAGGGCUGGGGCUGGGAUUAUAAGCCUGCUUCUCAACUUCCCUGCCAUCCUCUGAAGUAGUGGGGAAUGUGGAGCAAGCAGGGGAGGGGAAAGAGUAUAGAGGUCAAGGGAAAGAAGGCCAAGGACUCUGAAGUCUGGGCAUCAGUCAAUUUUACCUCCCUCAUUAGGAGUUAAGGGAAUAUACAGGGCUCCUCACCCAAGGAGGGAGACAACAGGGGCCCAGGACGUAGCAGACGAUGAAGACACCUGGACAGAGCGGCCCUUGGACCAGGUAAACUCCAGGAUCAGAAAGCCAUAC